CCGGAGCGCUUUCGCCAGAGCGUUGAGAGAAGGAGCGCUUUCCCCUGGAGGGGUGGGGGAGACUUUCGGUGCAUCCGUGCAAUCUCCGCGGAAGGGGCGCAAGUUGCGCGGAUGGUGGGGCUGCUGCGGGCUGGGGCUGAUCCGCCGCUGCCUUGGGUUUUCUCCCCUUCCUCCUCCUCCGGAGCUGCUGCUUGCAAGGCGACCCCAUGAGCCUCUCCGAAGCCGUCUAAGCCCGCGCCGCCGGGAUGGAGAAAUCCAAGAAUUUCCGCAUCGACGCGCUGCUGGCCGUGGAUCCUCCCAAGGCUGCGGCCUCGACGGCUCAGACGUCGCCUCUGGCGCUGGUCACCUCGCUGUCGGGCCACGCCAGCUCGCGAUCCAGCAGCUCCAGCGCCAGCUCCAGCUCCAGCUGCAGCCCGCCGUCCUCGGCGGAGCCUCCGCCCUCGUCCGUCGAGGGCCUGCGCACCGACAGCCCCUCGCCGCCUCGGCUCCUGGGCGCGCACUGCGGGCUGGUGCCCAAGCCGGGCUUCCUGGGCGGCGGGGGAGGCGCGGCGGGGGGUCCCCACGCGCACCCGCACCCCCACGCCCACCCCCACGCGCACCCCCACGCCGCCCUGGGGCUGCACCCGCAAGGCGGCGCCGGCCUCCACCCGCAAGCCGCCCUCUACGGCCACCCCAUGUACGGCUACCCGGCGGCGGCGGCCGCGCUGGCCUCGCAGCACCCGGCGCUCUCCUACUCCUACUCGCAGGUGCAGCCCUCGCACCCGGCCGCCGACCCCAUCAAGCUGAGCGCCGGCACUUUCCAGCUGGACCAGUGGCUGCGGGCCUCCACCGCCGGCAUGAUCCUGCCCAAGAUGCCCGACUUUAACUCCCAAGCACAGUCCAACCUGCUGGGCAAGUGCCGGCGGCCCCGCACGGCCUUCACUAGCCAGCAGCUGCUGGAACUGGAGCAUCAGUUCAAGCUGAACAAGUACCUGUCCCGGCCGAAGCGCUUCGAGGUGGCCACGUCUCUCAUGCUCACCGAGACGCAGGUAAAGAUCUGGUUCCAGAACCGGCGUAUGAAGUGGAAGCGGAGCAAGAAGGCCAAGGAACAGGCGGCUCAGGAGGCGGAGAAGCAGAAAGGAGGAAAUGUUGGGGAGGACAAAGUGGGGGAUGAGGUGCUGCCUGCGGGGGCCCCAGAGAAAAACAAUGGAGGGCGCCGCUUGCAGGAACUCAGGGACAGUGACCGGGAGGAAGAGGACGAUGAGGAAGAGGAUGAUGAAGAAGAGGAGGAGGAGGAAGAUCGGCCCGGACACUGCUGCCCCUAUGGGUCUCCUGACUGCUCUGACGGGGAUGAGGAUGGGAGGCAGCCCCAUGGACGGCAUGGGGGAGCCCACCCACAAUUGCCCCCCACCUCAGCUCCCUGAAGACUUGGAUCCCAGAGCCAAGAGCCACCUUCCUUGCACUGGUUCAGGAGAAAAUCCUUUCCCAACCCCACGUGUGUUUGUUGCUCUGUGUGUAAGCUGGUGCCCUGCAGGUGCUUUUGGACUGCAAUUCCCAUCAGCCCAAGCCAGCAUGGCCAUAUGAGACCAUGGUGAUGCUUCCUGGGGCUGAUGGGAGUUGUAGUCCAACACAUCUGGAGGGUGGCAGGUUGGUGAAGGCUGGUCUAAAGUAAAAUGCUCUCAUUGUCCUCCAUGCAACUGACUUUACUGGCCCCAAUGGCGCUCCAUGUGCAACUAACCCUGCUCUCCCCAGUUUACACAGUCAUGUUCCUCAGUCUCCUGCCUCCCCCCCCCCCAUGGGCUCAGGCUUAGUGUCAGGGCUUGAGUCAAACGUGGGUCAGCAUGAAAGGCACAGGACUCCACUGUCUGUGCAGCUAACAAUUCGAGGAAAUGGCAUACAACUCAGCAACACUGCCCGGUAGGUCUUGCCCCUAUGGAGCAGUAGGCAGAACUGAAGGUUCUCUGCCUUCCACUCUUUCUCCUCUCCCAGAUGUUUCACAAACAGUCUCAAGCUGCGUCUACACACCUGUGGCCUCUUUCCUGCUCUCCUCAUUUUUCUGUGCAUUCUUGGGGACCAAUGGGGAGGGGAGGUCUGCGCAACAGGAGAUGGAGACUCCCUGGAGUCUUCAACAGCCUCUUGACCCCCCUCCACUGCUUCAGCCUCAGAGUCUGAACUGCUCCUUGUCGCAGGCUCUUCCUGAUCACUUUGCCCUGUUGCCCCUUCAGCAUCCAGCCCCUCUGACCUCUCUUCGGUGUUCCAUCAUGGAUCCCUGGGCUCUGAGCCUUCCUCCUCUGGGGUUUCCCUUGAGGGAUUCUUGGCUGGUGCCUUCCACCAUUCCUCUUUGCCCAGCCAGUCCUUUACACUUAGCACAUCAGAGUUCUCUUAAUCCGAUUGUUAUUGUUUAAAAUUGACUUUUAAUAAUUGUAUGGACUGCUCUUUGACAGCUCCCCCCCAUCUUGCAAACAGUAUUAAGUCACAACAACAUUACAAUAUAUAAUAAAUAAAACCUCCCUUCCGUGACCACACUAAAACAAAUAAUUCCAACAGCCAGCAAUGAAACAUAUUUUUAAAAAGAAUCAAAGGCCCAGCAUGGUUGUAUAAAUAGUAUAGAAGAAGAAGAAGAGUUUGGAUUUUAUAUCUCACUUUAUCACUACCCUAAGGAGUCUCAAAGGGGCCAACAUUCUCCUUCAUCCCCCACAACAAACACCCUGUGAGGUGAGUGGGGCUGAGAGACUUCAGAGAAGUGUGACUGGCCCAAGGUCACCCAGCAGCUGCAUGUGGAGGAGCGGGGAAGCGAACCCAGUUCACCAGAUUACGAGUCCACUGCUCUUAACCACUACACCACACUGGCGAGAAGCUUCUGGGCCUUUAAGGAAAAUAGGGCUGACAGUUCACUCCUGCUUAAUCGGCCUGUGGCUUGACCUUCCCAUUUUUGCCCUGCACUAUUCACUCCUUUAGCUCCUCCUCAGCAUUGCUCAAUGAUCAGGAGUGUAAAACCACAUUGUCCUCUAGUGGUUGGUUGGGAAUGUUAAGUCGCCAGCUCUUUGUCAGAAGAGCCAACCCCCAGACCUGGUAAUGUCUCUCAGUGAAAAAAUUCAGUUCACAAGGCACAGCUGAUGGGCACCCCCCAGAACCCAAUACAGAUAGUACCGAAAGCUAGAGUCGUCUCUUUUCUGCAGCCCUGAUUAACGAUUCCCUGUUCUAUUAGGUCAGUGCCACCGUGUUGAAAGCUGACACUGGACAUGUGGCUCUUUGGACCGCUUUGCCUCUUCUCUUCGACAGUAUUGAGAGUUUUUAUGCUUUAUAAGAAGCAAUCUGGGAAACUUACGACCACGAAGCUUGGAUCUGCUGGGAAUCUUGGGAGGACUGUAUUGUCUUUAUUUUUGUACAUUGUAUUUAUAAAAAGAGUUAAAGAGAAAUACCUCUACUUAUGCAUGCUAAGUUAUUAAUCGGCUUCUCCCAAUGUCCCAAAGGUAAUGUAAAAUAAAACGGUUUUGUACUUGA